GUGUCCUAUGAACCUUCCAUAGUAGGAUCUUCUUCCUGUCACUUGUGAUACAAUUCAGCCAUAUGUAGCAGAGCCCAGGCUGUGCUGUCAUGUCACCCCCUCUAUUCUUUGGGCUGCUCCCCCUUAGUGUGUCUGAUCUGUGGUCCUGGGCUGCCUGGCUCUGCCUCCUGUAUGUGCUGGUAAAAGCCUCUAAGCUCUAUGUGAGGAGGAGGAAGCUGGUUGAAGCUUUAAGCCCAUUCGAAGGUCCUGAGCGUCACUGGCUGUAUGGAAAUGCCCAUGAGUUCCAUGGGGAUGGCAAGGACAUGGACAUUAUAAUGCAAUAUGCUGAACAAUACCCAUAUGCCUAUCCAUUGUGGCUGGGAAAUUUCUUUGCAUCGCUGACUAUAUGCCACCCCGAUUAUGCCAAGGCCAUCCUGUCCAGACAGGACCCAAAAGAUAAUUUUGGCUACUACUUUAUUACUCCAUGGAUUGGGAAGGGGUUACUGGUGCUGUCAGGACAGAAGUGGUUUCAGCACCGCCGGCUCCUAACCCCUGGAUUCCAUUAUGAUGUUCUGAAGCCGUACGUCAAAUUGAUGUCCGACUGUGUCACUCUCAUGCUGGACAAAUGGGAGAGACUGGUCCCAGAUGAAAACCCAGUGGAACUUUUUCAUCAUGUCAGUCUGAUGACCCUGGACACCAUCAUGAAAUGUGCCUUCAGUUACCAGAGCAAUUGCCAGAUGGACAGUGAGAGCGCGUACAUCAAAGCUGUUUAUGAUCUCUCCUUCCUGGUGGACUACAGAUUCUGCUGUCUUCCCUAUCACAAUGAUCUGAUAUUUCACCUGAGUCCUCAUGGAUUCCGUUUUCGGAGAGCACUGAGAAUAGCGCACGCACACACGGAUAAAGUUAUUAAAGAGAGGAGACAAUCCCUCAAGGAUGAUACAGAGCUCGAGAAAAUCCAGAAGAAACGGCACUUGGACUUCCUUGAUAUCCUUCUUUGUGCCAAGGAUGAAAAUGGUCGGGGUCUAUCAGAUGAAGACCUGCGGGCAGAGGUGGACACGUUCAUGUUUGAAGGGCAUGAUACCACGGCCAGUGGUAUCUCCUGGAUACUAUACUGCCUGGCUAAAUACCCCGAGCACCAAGAAAAAUGCCGGGAGGAGAUCCGAGCAGUACUAGAAGAAAAGAGAAUAGUGGAAUGGGAGGACCUGGGUAAACUGCCAUACACCACCAUGUGUAUUAAGGAGAGCAUGCGUCUCUACCCGCCUGUACCAGGAGUGGCUCGAGAACUUAAAGAACCAAUCACAUUCUGUGAUGGGCGGAGCCUGCCUAAAGGUGUUGACGUUCUGAUCAGUAUAUAUGCUAUAAAUCGCUGCUCCAGCAUCUGGGAGAAUCCAGAGGUUUUUGACCCCCUUAGGUUUUCUUCAGAAAAUGUGUCCAAUAAGCACUCCCAUGCCUUCCUGCCCUUUUCUGCUGGAGGAAGAAACUGCAUUGGGCAGAAUUUUGCAAUGAAUGAAUUGAAGGUCGCCACUGCCUUGACUUUACAGAGGUUCGAAUUACACACGGUCCCGGGGAAGGAACCAUUAACACUGCCGCAGUUAGUCUUACGCUCCUUGAACGGGAUAUACCUCAAUCUAAAGAAGAUCGACUGACGAAAUGAAAAAGAACUGAUCCGAACAUGUGAAAAUGCAAUUUUUUUUUUAUACAUAAUUCGAAAUUGUAAACUGAAUAUUUAUGAUUGCUAAUAAUUCUGUCCGGUGUAUAUUUAUACAUGGAUGUCAUCAGACAUAUCCAAGGGUGAGUGGCUUUUUUGUUCCACAAAUCCAAAAACUGAUGCCUUGCGUAGGAUCCAGCUGAGACCACGUGUAGCUUGGUCUUGAUCUUGCCAAAAAAAACAUACUAAAUUGUGCCGGAACCAUGUCCAGUAUGUAGAAUAGUUUUCGGACAUAAUGCAUCUGUGCAAAUCUAGGUAAAAUCCACAGCAAUUAUAUCCAAGGUUCAGUAAUACAAUAUGAAUCAGAAACAUUAGGAAGCAUAAGAAAAAAUUAGGAAAAAGCUACAUGAGCAUAAGGGUAUAAAGAACUCACCCCUACAGGGCUGGUACUUAUUUUAUACAGUACUUUUUUAGCACUUUUUUUUAAACAUUUGAGCCUAAUGUCAUACCAAGGCCUCAUUCAGCGUACUGAAUUACAGCACCCCUAAAGGUCUAUAGUACCAUUCUGUAACCAUUUGGGCCUCUAAAUUCAUAUGGAGGCAUGCUGAGG